AUGGACAUUCAUCGCCCUCUUAUACUUAUCAUGUCGAGGACGAGGACCGCUGCUUCAGAGGCCCACGACUCCAUGGAAUCUGAGGAGAGGGUAGACCUUGAUGGUGACAAUGAUCCCGAGGAGACUCUGGAGGAGGAGGUUGAGUACGAAGAAGUCGAAGAGGAGGAGGAGAUUGAAGAGAUAAUCGAGGAGAUUGAAGAGGAGGUGGAAGAAGAAGAGGUGGAAGACGAUGUUGCUGCUGCAACGGAGGAGGAAGAGGAAAAGAAGAAGCACGACGAGCUCUUAGCACUUCCUCCGCAUGGCUCAGAGGUUUAUCUUGGAGGCAUCCCUACUGAUGCUUCUGAAGGGGACUUGAAGGGCUUCUGUGAAUCGAUAGGCGAAGUUACUGAGGUUAGGAUAAUGAGGGAGAAAGAGUCUGGUGAUGGCAAAGGGUACGCAUUUGUAACGUUCAGAAACAAGGACUUGGCAUCUGAAGCAAUCGAUAAUCUAAAUAACACUGAGUUUAAGGGUAAAAGGAUCAAAUGUUCGACUACUCAAGCCAAGCACCGUCUGUUUCUUGGUAAUGUUCCUAGAAAUUGGACAGAGACAGACAUUAAGAAAGCAGCAAAUAGAAUUGGUCCAGGCGUCCAAAAUGUCGAACUCCCAAAGGUCAAGGCGUUGUACAUCAAGAACUUACCUAGAGAUAUAACGCAAGAACGUCUAAAGGCGUUAUUCGAACAUCACGGGAAAAUCCUGAAAGUGGUGGUUCCACCAGCAAAACCAGGAAAAGAAGACAGUAGAUAUGGGUUUGUGCACUACGCAGAGAGGACAAGCGUCAUGAGAGCUUUGAAAAACACUGAAAGAUAUGAGAUUGAUGGUCACAUUUUGGAUUGUACUCUUGCAAAGCCUCAAGCGGAGCAAAAGGCGAAUACAACUUCAGUUCAGAAUCUGCAGAAAUCACAGCUGCAACCAAACUAUCCUCCUCUUCUUAGCUAUGGCAUGGCUCCUAGUCCCUUUGGUGCUCUUGGUGGAUUUGGAGCUUCUCCUUACUCACAACCGUUAAUGCAUGCGGGAGGUCACGCAGCUGGCGGAAUGUCGAUGAUGCCAAUCAUGUUACCCGAUGGACGAAUCGGAUACGUCUUGCAACAGCCUGGACUAGCAGCAAUGCCACAACCACCACCAAGGCCUUCACCACCGUAUAGGGGAGGCGGUUCGAGCAGCAGCAACAGCAGCAAACGAAGUAGCGACAAUGGUAGAGGAAGAAGCCGUUACAAUCCUUAUUAA